AUGAGCAUCUUCCGCCUCGCCGCCGCCUCUGCCUUGACCCGCUCCGUGGUCUUGCGCCCUACCCUCGCCCGUGCCGCCUUCAAGGCUGCCGCCCCCCACCGCAGCCUCGCCACCGUCGCCGACACUGUCUUCCCCUUCGACUCGUCUGCCCCCAAGGCUACGCCUGCUGCCCUCAAGUUGAAGUCCGGACAUGUCUUCACCGGCACUUCCUUCGGCGCCCAGAACUCGUCUUUUGGUGAGGCCGUCUUCACCACGUCCUUGGUCGGCUACCCCGAGUCCAUGACCGAUCCUUCGUACCGUGGCCAGAUCUUGGUCUUCACCCAGCCCCUGAUCGGAAACUACGGUGUGCCCUCGCAGGAGAAGGAUCAGUUCGGACUGCUCAAGUACUUCGAGUCCAACAAGAUCCAGUGCUCCGGCAUCGUUGUCAAUGACUAUGCGACCAAGUACUCGCACUGGACCGCCGUCGAGUCCCUCGGCGAGUGGUGUGCGCGUGAGGGCAUUCCUGCGAUUUCAGGAGUCGACACUCGCGCCAUUGUUCACCUGCUCCGUGACCAGGGCUCGACCCUCGCGAAGCUGGAGAUCGGCGAUGAAGUCCUGGAGAACAAGGAGGUGGUCGAGUUCCCCAACCCCAACACCCGCAACCUUGUCUCGGAGGCGAGCACCAAGGAAAUCUAUGAGUUGAACCCCAUGGGCGAUGUCAAGAUUGCGCUCAUUGAUUGUGGAGUCAAGGAAAACAUCCUCCGUUGUCUGGUGGCCCGCGGUGCGUCAGUGACGGUCUUCCCCUGGAACUACGACUUCAACAAGGUCAUGGAUCAGUACGACGGCCUCUUCAUCUCGAACGGACCCGGCGAUCCACGCGCUGCCAUGGCCACGGUCCAGAACCUGGCCACAGCCUUCCAGAACCCUGCGCCCAAGCCCAUUUUUGGAAUCUGCAUGGGCAAUCAGCUCAUGGGCAUGGCCGCUGGUCUGGACGUGUACAAGCUGCAGUUCGGAAACCGUGGCCACAACCAGCCUGCGAUUAACAUGCAGAACGGUCGAUGCAGCAUCACGUCGCAGAACCACGGGUAUGCUUUGGAGGACUCUGCUUUGGCCCCGGGCAAGACCUUUAACGGAUGGGAGAAGUACUUUGUCAAUGCCAACGACGGCUCGAACGAGGGUAUCCGCCACACGGUCAAGCCCUUCUCGUCGGUUCAGUUCCACCCCGAGGCGAAGGGAGGCCCCCAGGAUACGGAGUACCUCUUUGACGACUUCCUGAACGUCGCUCGUGCGGAGAAGGCCAAGAUCAGCAGCAAGCCCUUCUUUGUCUCGGAGGGAUUGACCAAGGAUGCGCCCAAGUCCGUCGAGAUUGCCGUCUAA